CUUCAAGUACUAAACUGAUAGCGCUCAGUUUUGAUACAUAUAUAUACAAAUCUUAUUCAUACAGUCCGCAACUACAAAACAACAGAAAUGGCUGCACAAAAUGUACCUGACUGGUUAUCAGCAGAGUUUCUGCAAUCAGCUCUUCAGUCUGACCAAGAGGACUAUCCAGAAAUUGUAAUCACAAAGCUCCAACUAGAGCCAGCUGUCCCAGCGGGGAAUAACUAUGCCAGUAAUUUAUUUCGGGCAAAAUUACAAUACAAGACUCAAGGCAACACAGAACACUCAACUUCUAUAAUAGUUAAAACAAUGAAGAGUGACUACAAAGAAAAUAUAGGUGCUUAUAUUGAUGAUGCCUUUCAAAGGGAACCCAAGUACUACAACGAGUUUAUCAGUGAAGCUCGUAAACUGUGUAAGUUCAACAUAGUGCCUAAACACUACAAAUCAUCAAACACAAACUGUCUUAUCCUGGAAGAUCUUAGUGUUUCCGGAUUUCAGAUGGUGGAUCGACAUAAACUCCUAGACUUGAACCACUGUCAACUUUACAUUAAAGCUUCGUCUAAAUUGCACGCUCUCUCUGUAGCAGUACACAAGAGGAAACCCGAGUUGAUCGAAUCACUGGGUGGUGACAACCCGGCACUAGCUGAGAGUAACAUGCAGAUGUUCAUAGUAAUACUGAAAUGUAGUCUAGAAAGCAUGAGUGCUUUUCUAGAAGACAAACCAAAGUACAAGGAGUGCUUGGACGUCAUCAAAGAGCUCAGAGAUAAUCAAACUUCUUGGCAUGUUUUUCAAAAGGAAACACCACACGUGAAGGCUUUGACACAAGGGGACCCAUGGUGCACCAACAUGAUGUUUAAGUACAACAGUGCAGGAGAGGUUGUUGAUGUUAAACUCAUUGACUUUCAAACUCUUAAGUUCAUUUCUCCAGUUGAAGAAUUUUUAACCUUUAUUUUGGCAAGUGCACACCCAUCUGUAAAAGAAACAAGUCUAGAUGAUCUGUAUCACCUCUACUGUGACUCUUUGAAUGAAAACCUAGAACAACUGGGGUGUCCGGAAAGGCUUUCUUAUGAAGCCCUCAAGAUGGAAGUAGCAUCGUUGAGUCCUCUGAUGAUACUGCAUGUUUGUAUGCUUGUGCCCAUCGUUCUGGCUGAUGGUCCAGCUGACUUUGGUAACUACUUCUCUAACGAUGUUCUAAAUGAACCUUUAAAAGAACGUGCCUUCCAUAAGCUAUAUGAGGGUAAACAUUUCAAUCAGUAUAUACUGCAGAUUCUCGACCAAUUGGUUAAACAGGGUGUUUUUUCUACUACAAAAGAAAGAAUGAAAAAAUUCAUGCUACUAUAUACCAACUAAUAUUUCUAGUUAGUAGAUUGGGAUUUUGUAGCACACAAUAUUUCUGUAACUUGGUAUUUGUUCAAUUCCAACACAGAUUUGGUAAAAAGAAUACUUAAUGUAUUUGAUAUGCAUGACAACAAGAUUAUAAUAAUUUAACGAAAUUAGUAACUAAAAGUACAAAUAAUUUAAGUUUUCAAUGUGUGGUUAAAUCUUGACUUAUUGUAAUUUAGAUGCAAUCUGAACUGUCUGGAAUUAAUAUAAACUAACAUAAUUCCAGAAGGCACAAGAAUAUUUUUGUAAUUAUUUAUUUAUUUUAUACAGAAUUCACAUGUUAUUUUAAAUUUUGACACUUAAUGUAAUGAUAAAAUACAAGUUAAAUUGAAAAUGUGUUAUCAAUAUAUAUACUACUAUAAACCAAUACACAUUAUAUUUUUAUCCAUACAUACAUUGAUAUUAAAUAGAAAUAUAAUCACAUUCAUUGAAUGUACUAUAGUAUAUUUUUCUCUUAUCUAACAUACUCGUAUUUGUACUCAUGAAUCAACUACAAGAUAUAAAUUUAAAAUUACAAACUAUUACCGUCUGUGAUAUUCUAUAUUACAAAAUACUGAGUACCUAGAUCAAAAUGAUGGGAAAGAGGUAACACAUUUACAAGAACAAUACAUAUCUUGUUAAAUUUAUUAUCUAACAUAUUUAUUUUGUAAUUGACUGAUUGCAGCUGCUACUUCUGAUAAUAAAGUAUAUACUACUUUACACCA